GGAGUUCGCUUCGAGUUUGCACGCAAUGGUUUAACGGACCCUUGAACCAAUAAAAGGGGCAGUUGCAUGCGGACUUGCAUCAGUUAGUGGAGGAGAGUUCCAACGUUCACACACACAGCUAGCCUAUCUGCCAGAUGAAGGUGUUCAUGAUCCUUUUGUUGUUGGUCGGUUCUGCACUGGCCGGGACUGACCAGGGGGUGCGAGACGAAUUCAAUGGCGAGGCGGUGGACUUCUUCAUGGGCAAUGACAAGAUCGCAGCCAAGUUGGAGAUGACUCCGUCUCCGAAUUGUCUGGAGGGAGACAUGGAGAUGAGCGAGGAUCAGAAGAAGGUCUACAACAUGAUGCAAGAGGUGACGUCCAAGGACAGAGCCGAAGUGCUCCAACUUGCCAGCACUGCCUUCCGACUGUGGCCAGACAAGACCCUCGUUUACCAGUUUGAUUCCUCGCUGAGUAACGAAAUGAAAGCAAUGUUCGAGGAAGCCGUCGAUCUGUACAGGGAAAUGACGUGCAUCAAUUUCGUUGAGGCCAAAGAUGGUUACACUGGAGACAUCCCACCGCUCACAGUCAAGGGAAGCGGCAAGGGGUGCUACUCGUCAGUUGGCGGUCCAGGCGGACAUCUCAACUUACAGAACGACCUCUGUGAUCACGUCAGGGUUUGCCUUCACGAAAUAGGCCACGCCCUCGGCGUUAUGCAUGAACAAACCCGCCCGGAUCGAGGCGACCAUGUCAGGAUCAUCGAGGACAACAUCAUGCCAGGGUACGCCCAUAACUUCAGGAUGGUGGACCGGGAGCUGAUUGCCCCAUAUGAUCUGCAGUCUGUCAUGCAUUACCAUAGCUAUGCUUUCAGCAGAAAUGACUUCAUGGAAACCAUCAUCCCUCACGAUAUCUCGGAGGGGGAGAAGAUGGGAAGACAGUGGAGCCUUUCCCGACUUGACAUCUACAAGUUUAACCUGAUGUACGACUGCUACGACGGUUGCCCCGAGGACCUGAAGGAUAAGUGUCAACAUGGCGGCUUGCCGUCCAAGCAAUGCACCUGCGUUUGUCCGGAGGAAUACAAGGGAGCUUACUGUGAGAUCUUCAACGGCGAGACGGCUUGCAGUGCGGAGUUUAAGGCCACAUCAGGAGUAAUCCAGAGCCCAGGCUACCCGGAAAGAUACCCCAGCAACACCGAGUGUGUCUACGCCAUCGAGUGUCCAGUCGGUAUGACCGUCCACCUGGACUUCAAGGACUUCGACAUUGAAGGAUUUGGAUGCUUCUACGACAUUUUUGAAACGAAAACUGGUGACAUCAUCGAUGAGAUAUACCCUGACAAAUACUGUGAUUAUGAACUGAAAGGUGUCACCAAAGACUCCAAAACAAACGUGGCCUUGAUGACGUUCAAGAGCGACUCCUUGUACAACUACAAAGGAUUCGAUAUCGAGUAUCGUUGUGAAUAAAUCCACCACAUCAGACAAAACUUGAAUGGCAGCACCGAGCGUUGAGUCCGGUGUGAAAUUCGAUUGGGAUAAACAGAUAAUCUAGAUAUUAAAUGGAAGAUUUAAGAUUUUAGUCUAGAGUAGUUGCUUUCAUUAAUGUGUGUAGGGUUAAUUAAGCAUGCUUAAUCGGCAUCGCUAAUGUUACAAACAAGCAAAAUGAGUUCAUCUCUACCUUCAAGUAUAUAGUUCUGAUUCUGAACAGCGAAAAAAAUAAAUAGAGUUCAUCUCUAGGUAUGCAACGUGUGGAGGGAACUAGGCCAAGAGAAAAAUGGGGGCAGGCAAAUGCGCCCCCCCCCCCCCAGCGCACACACUUGGCAUAGAUCAAAAUAGAACUUGAUAAAACUGUUCUGUGCUUACUGAUACUUUUGGUGAUGUUCCCGCCCGGCGAAUGACCCUGAAGCCAAACUGUGAACUCCAAUUACGAAAAGAAAUUCUUUCCAUUUUAAAGGGCCAAUGAAAUUAAUUGUUUUAAUGUCAUCCUUGAAAAUGUGCACCUUUGUGUCCCUUUUAACCUCAUUUUCAAUUUUC